AUGGCAGCCAGUAAACCAAAAUAUUCACUGGGCUCUCCACAAGAGCAUAUUGAAAUGUGUAAAACUCAUGAUUUACCAAUUGAUGUGAUUUGUGAAGACUGUGAUGAAUUUAUUUGUGGAAAAUGUGUCAAAACAGAUCAUAGAGAUCACGAUUGGAGCACAAUACCCACAGCAGCCAGCCAAAGGAAGAGAGCCUUGCUUAAAUUUCUGACAAAAAUUAAAGAAGAGGAUCUGCCUAGAACUGAUGAGAGGAUAAAAAAGAUAUCAAAACAGAUCACAGAAAAUAAAGAAUUGUGUGAUACUGAGAUCAGGAAGCUUCAGAUUCAUUAUGAUGAGGUAAUUGCCAGGCUGUUAGAAAUCAAGGAAAAUAAAGAACAAAAUUUGAGAGAUAAUUUAAAGGAAAAAAAUGAGCUGUUGAAUGAUAUGAAAUCUGAGUUAAACAAAAAGAAGAAAGAAAUUACAAAGACAGUUAAGUUCAUAGAAGACAAUAAGAGUGCCAUGUCAGAUUACAGCUUGAUUGUCAACCACAGAGAACUGACACAACUACUGUCUGACCUGGAUAUUGAUAUAAGGGAAAGUAAACAUUCACUGAGAUACAGAAAAGGAGAAAUCAGUGAUGAGGUACUGAAUACUAUGAUUGGAAAAACUCUGGAUUUAAAAGAUAUCAGUUUGACUGAAACAAGCUCAUUUGAAUAUGAUGAAGGAAUAUUUUUGUUGAAGGCAUUUUCUGAAGAUCAGUGUUACGUAAAAUUAUAUCAGUCAGCUCACACUGAAAAAGUUAAUACAGAAGGUGAGACGAAACACAAAUAUAAUAUCAAUCCUGAUGAUCUGUGUGUGACUGAUACUGAUGAUGUUUAUUAUAUUGACUCUAAUAAUAAGUCCAUCAGCUGUCUGUCACCAUCAGGAUCUGUCUCUACAGUCAUCAGUACAGAUUCACUGGAACCAGAGGGAAUCUGUCAGUCAGUGGACAGUGGACUACUGGUCACCUUGACAGACAAGGAAUCAGAUGAUUACAAAUUAGACUCCAACAGCAGACGUUUGGUGAGACACAUCACAGUGACAGGUGAUGUCAUCCAUGAGUAUGAGUACCAGGAGGACGGUCAGACCAGACUUUUUACAUUGCCAGUCAGAGUCACACAGAACAGUAACAGUGAUAUCUGUGUUGUGAACCAUACAAGUGACAAUUCAGGGGAUCUAGUGAUUAUGUCUCCCUCUGGUCACGUAAAGUCUGUAUACCGCGGAGAAAACCUGACAGAGAACUUUGACCCAAGUGAUGUAGCGUGUGACUCCCUCUGUAACAUCCUUGUUACAGAUCCAAAUAACAACCAGAUCUAUCUUCUUAGUCCUGAAGGGAAGUUCCUGAAGUUCUUACUGACAAAGAACAAAGUGAUCUGUCCAGUCUCUCUGUCCCUACACAAGACUACAUUGUGUAAAUGUGCCAGAACAGAUCAUAGAGAUCACGAAUGGAACACUCUAUCCACGGCAGCCAGCCAAAGGAGGAGAGGUUUACAUAAAUUUUUGACAAAGAUUAAGCAAAGAGAUCUGCCUGUGAUUGAUGAAAAGAAACAGAAGAUAUCAAAACAAAUCUCAGAAAAUUAA